AUGAGCUCGAAUACGUCCAUGGCCGGCUCCAUGGAAGAGUCCAACUUCUUGAAACGUACCAGGACUGUUCACUGGGCACGGUUGUGCCUUUCUGUUUUGACCACUGCUGUCGCUGUUGCUGUUGUUGCAUGUGAAGCUGUUCCGCUCCAACACCACCAGAACACUGCACAGUGGGCGAGCAUAGGCCUUGUUCUUUGGCCACUCAAUCUUGAUGUGCGACCAAAUAUUGCCGCGUUGGCAUGCGGGUGUGUGGUCGGGGUCUUGAGUGCGGCGUAUACCAUCGUUGCCCUAUUGCCAUCUCCACACCCCCGCAUCAAGCUUCUCAACUCCUAUUCAUCGGCCUCUUCCUUUGCCGGGUUCUUGACUGCCCUUGUUGCUGUCACCUUCAGCAUAUAUCGGCCUUCUGCAUCAUACCCAAGUGGUUUCACCCAGGGAGAGACCCUUCAAAGCUGGACCUGCAAAUGGAAAGCAUCUAACGGGGCACAGUCGGCGCCCGUCGACUUUUCUCGUGAUUGCCAUGCCACUCAGGCUGGGUUUGCUUUGGUUUGUACUUUGCUCGCUCUCCAAAUCCUGAUGGGAUUCGCCGCUAUCGCUGGUACAUUGGCACAGCGAGACGUAGCGCGUCGUCGCGAGGAAAACACACAGUUGGAGAAACUCGAAAUUGCCACCAAGCAGCUAUACCAUGCUUAA